CAUACAGCGCCGGCGGCGCCGACAGCCGGCUGCAGCCGGCUACCUUGAAGCUGAGAAUGGCAUUGGCUGCUUCAAGUCAGCCGGGCUAUUGUUUCGAAAGUUCGAUAUCGCUUCGUGAGCACGGCAACACUACUUUUUAGACACGACUCGUCCGGAAAUUAUAUAAUAAUCCGUUUUUCCGUCCGUAGGCUAAACAUUGGCAUUUCAUUGUCUGCAAUCUCAUUUCAAGGACUCACAGUUUGCCAUGGCUGGAAAGGUUGUACUACAUUACUUCAAUGGGAGGGGGAAAAUGGAGUCAAUUCGUUGGCUUCUAGCUGUGUCUGGUGUUGAGUUUGAAGAAGUGUUUUUGACAAGCGGUGAACAAUAUGAAAAACAUAUCAGUGGUGAGUCAACAUCUGGUCAAUUAUUUACUGAUUUACUGAAUGAGACGUUCACCCUCUUGAGUUCAUAUGUCUCUGCAGAUGGAGAUCUCAUGUUUGGGCAGGUCCCUAUGGUGGAAAUAGAUGGAAUGAAGCUGGUUCAAACCAAAGCCAUCUUGAACUAUAUAGCUGGGAAAUACAAUCUGUAUGGGAAGGACCUGAAAGAGCGAGCUAUGAUUGACAUGUAUUCUGAGGGAUUGAGAGAUUUCAUGGAAAUGAUUAUGAUCCUGUGCUUCACACCACCUAUGGAAUUAAAGACGAAGUUGGAGAACAUUCAGGCAAAAGCUACAGGCCGCUACCUCCCUGUGUAUGAGAAGGCACUCUGUGGCUCCCAGUACCUUGUUGGUGACCAGCUCAGCUGUGCAGACAUCCAUUUGCUGGAGGCUACACUGAUGAUGGAGGAAAAAUUCCCUGAGAUUCUCAAACAUUUUCCCAAUGUUGAGGCUUUCCAGGGAAGGAUGAAGGUCCUACCAACCAUCCACAAGUUCCUGCAGCCCAACAGCAUGAGGAAGCCUCAGCCUGAUGAGGUCUACGUCACAACAGUGAAGAAGGUGUUAAACAAGUUGUUUUUAGAAUAGAAGAAGCUUUGCAUUAUUUGCUCAUUAUAAUCAGGGGGUAUAAUUUGCAGUCAGCAUAAGAUAUAUGGAAUGCAGGUUUGUCAUAAUCAGUAAGGUUUUGACUGUAGGUACAUUUCUUCUCACUUAUUGAUGUCCUGUCCACAUAAUCAUUCAAACUUCAAUCAUUACUAGUUCAUUUCCACUGAAAAUGCACAAUAACUAAUUAUUUCAUAAGUAGGACAUAAAUACAUACAGCUCAAACAACCUGUCACUAU